AUGACGCCCUUUUUCGGACGGGUUCGCGCCGCAGUCUCGCGUAGAGGAAAGCGAGCAUAUUCCUUCAACCUGGAGCCGAAGGAGUCGCCCUGGAAACGUCUACCAGACAACGUCUUCGUAGCACUUGUCGCCUACUGUAGGGUCAAUGACAUUGCUGCGUUGGCGUUGACCUGCCGAUUACUGCACCACCGAAUUUCAAUGAAUGAGAUUCUGAUCGCGCAGACAUACCUUGGUCUCCGCAAACAAGCUCGGUUACGAGAAGACGAAGAUGAUGCCGAUGUUUCGCCGGGAGAUGAGCUGACCUUCAUUUCGGAACUGUUUCCGCCCCCGCCACCGCACUACGCACUGAGCGAGCGUCACGACGACGCCGAAUAUUCGCUGGCCUAUAUUUCCGACCUUGAGCGAUGCUGGACAACCUGCAUCCAGCUAUCCUAUCAUUUGGCCGAUCAUGCCGUUAGGCAUCACCUCGAAACAGACGCCAUUGCCCGCGAGCUCUGGUCUUGGAAGAAGACGGAGAAGGAAUAUGUGUAUAGCAAAGCCGUGGAGGCGACUCAGGCGAAGCUUCUGCAUCCUUUGGCCUAUGCAAUCUUCUUCCUCGAAUCAUCAGCUUCCGACGAUUCGGCAUCGAACUGGUCGGACCAAACUACGGAUCUCUCUGUUUCGAUCGGCCAUCAGCAGUCCAUCCUUCAAAGACCACCAUUUAACGACACCCAGAUCCUCAUCACAGUUCAGCACUGCAUGCAACUUCUCUGCUCGACAGUCCGACGACUGAUGCAUCCCGAUUUCCCGUGCUCUUCCUCGGAAAGCUGGGUCAGUCUCCUCCUUCUGACAUCAACAUUGGAACGAAUCGUUCAAUUCUUCGCAGCCGUCGCAAAGGACGAAGCAAAGCAAAUGAAUGCAAAACACCCCUACUCCUCCCCUGGCUCGACCUGGUCCCAUCGCAAAGAAUUCAUGUGGCAAAUGCGUGACGACUUGAGUCAUUAUCUAGCGUCAAGCAGACCAUCCACGUCCGGAGGAGCGAAAGCCCAGCCUACACUCGACGACGUCUGGUUCGGCGCUGCCUAUCGCGAGUUGGUUGAACGGAGUGCCAUCCCGCAUUUGGCCGAAGAGCCAGUUCCUGUCCUUCACGGAUUGGGCAUCUCUUUACGAUGUAAACACUGCUUGGGAGAAGACUAG